CCCUCCUCUGCUCCUCCCCCCACUCUCGGUCAGUCACCUCCUCCUCUCCCGAAGCUCGCGUCCGUCCGUCCGUCCAUGGUGUUCGCCGCGCCGGCAGGGGUGGGAGGCGGCCCCCUCUCCGUCGCUCCCCCCGCCUCCAGCUCGGCCCCCUUCCUCCUCCGCGCCGGCGGCGACUCGCCGCAGCGCGGGAUGCUCCGCCGCCUCACCUUCCCACGGAGAGGAGGCGCCAGGGGACAGAGCCAGAGAAGAUGGGAUUGCCACAUAACUCGCUGUGCCGGCAAGGCGAAUGUGGUGACCGAGGAUGAUACAGCGAAAGUUGCUGCUGCUGAUGCCACCGCAGACCAAGCUGCCGAUGAUACCGCCGAUGUGCUCGAGUCCUUGAACCCUGACGACGACGUUGAUUCAGUUGCCUGGAUAAAGCAGCAGCCCCUCCCUUAUCCUGCAGAUGCUCUGGAGCCGUACAUAAGCAAGGAGACGGUGGAGCAGCACUGGGGAGUUCACCAGCGCAUGCAUGUGGACAGGCUCAACGGCAUGAUCGGCGGCAGCGAGUGGGAGCGGAUGUCGAUUGGGCAGAUGAUGCUCGCCUCAUUCAACGAGGGCAGGGAGCCACCCCACGCUCCCUUCUUCCAUGCCGCACAGGUAUGGAACCAUGAUUUCUACUGGCGAUCGAUGAAACCUGGCGGUGGAGGCAAGCCCCCGGAACGUCUUCUGAAGUUUAUUAACAGGGACUUCGGAUCCUAUGACGGCAUGAUCAAACAAUUCAUGGAUGCGGCAUUAACUCAGUUCGGUUCUGGAUGGGUUUGGCUUUCUUACAAGGGGAGCAAGUUACCUCAUGUGAAGUCAAAAAGCCCAAUCCCAUCUGACAAUUAUGGUAGGCUGGUCAUCUCAAAGUCUCCGAAUGCUAUCAACCCUCUUGUCUGGGGCCACUCUCCACUCCUUGCGAUUGAUGUUUGGGAGCAUGCCUACUACCUGGAUUAUGAGAAUCGAAGGGCUGAGUAUGUCUCUGCAGUUCUAGAGAAGCUCGUGUCAUGGGAAAUGGUGGAGUCCAGGCUCCGGAAAGCUGUUCUGCGAGCAAUAGAAAGAGACGGUCACACCAGCCCGAAGCAGCGAAGGAAGCAACUUGUGUCCCAGGCUAAAGGCCGCGUCGGGGAUGCAAGCACCAGCGGUGAGGCAAGACGGCGACCGAGAAGUAAGGAUCAGCAGGCCCCUUCCAGCGUGACAAUGGUGCCAGCAGGCGAGGCGGUACCGAACUGAGCCAUGUGCCCGUGAGGUUGGUGGCCAGUAGCACGGGCAGGCAGCUAGAGCAGCAUGUCCAAAAUCCUCUAGAACAGUAGUCUCUGAAGAACGCGUGCACCACCCCACUUCCGUUCGUGCGACCGUUGUAGCAUGAUUUGCACGCCGCAGUUUUUGUCAAUCUUAGUCUAAUAGGAGUACUGUAGCAUGCCUGUACCACUUGAGCAAGAAUCAGCAAUGCUGGAUAGGCUAAAUUUUGGUAAGUAGCCUCAGGGUUUGAUGUCCCGUAAUGUAUUGGUGUGGAGAUAGGCUUAGGAGGUGGGCACUUGUGUGGGAAUCUGGUCUUAUGUGAACUUGCUAGAAGAUGAAGUACAGUUUUUGUCCCUUCCUUUUUGAAUCAUUAAUAAGUAUCAGCGGUUUCAUGCUCA